AUGGAUCUCAAAAACGAAAUUCUUCAAGAAAUUGAACGAUUGUCAGUGAAAAAACAUCAAGAAGAAACAAAAUCGAGUUAUUGUCCAAAAAACGAUCCCAGUUUUUAUUCGAAUCUGUUCUGGAAUUCAUCAUCGUACGAUGAUGUUGAACGAAUUCAACUAGAAUUGAUCCCUGUAGAAAAUGAAGAUCAACGUGAUUUAUUUAAUUUCAUUCGGCAUAAUAUAUCAUCAAUACCUCAAUGUGAAACACCUGGUCGUGUUAUGUCGGUUUUGAUUCACGAUAAAUAUUCAAAACGUUUUCUCGGUAUUAUUCAAUUGACAACCGAUCUAUUGAAAAGCCAGUUCAAAGACGAAUUUAUCGGUUUUGAUGAGAAAAAACGAGGUCAAUUGAAGAAACAUAUUCGUGAUCAUUCGGCUAAUUUAUCGAUUUGUGUUCCUGUACAACCAUUCGGAUUUGAUUUUUGUGGUGGAAAAUUAUUGGCUAUGCUUGCAUUUUCCAUAGAACUUCAUCAAUUCUAUGAAAUGAAAUAUUCAAAGUCUUUAGCUUUGAUCACAACAACAUCGAUUCAUGGAAAAUCUAUUCAAUAUGAUCGACUCAAACAAUUGAAAUUCAUUGGCUAUACAAAAGGAUAUGGAACUAGUCAUAUUCCAGUCUCCUUUAUGGAUAAAGCAUAUCGUUUUUUAGAAGAAAAUUAUCCAAAAUUCAACGUUAAAAAACAAUCAAAAUGGCAAUCAUUACGAUUUCUAGCGCAACAAUUGCAUAUCGAUAGUAAUCAACUUUUCUAUCACGGUGAUCAACGUGGCAUUUAUUGUGGUUGGACUGGUAGCAACACCAAAGAAUUUCUUUUGAAAAAACAAACAGAUUUGAACAGAGAUAAACUCCAAUCAGUCGAAACAAUAACUGAAUUCUGGAAAGAAAGAUGGGCUAAACAGCGUGCAACUCAUUUGAAGAAUCAGAACACCUGA